AGGAGGAGAAACUGAAGCGGCCGCUCUCACACAUGCAGGCGUGGGAGAUCGCCCAUACGCGGAAGGACCCCAAGCCUGGCGAGCCCAAGUACUACGGCAAGAAGACCGCAGGGAGGAAGAAGGCCUACUCCGAAGCGUAUCUGAAGUUACAUCCUGACACACCUGACCCCAUUGCGGCGCCUCUGGAAGACAUGGCGGUGGUGAGGAUGGGGCCCAAGGAGCACGGUCGGGAGGCGGUUCUCGAUGCUGUGAUCACUCCUAGUAUCUCCUACACACAGCUUCGUCGGAUCGACCCGAGCCUGAGCCAGCGCACGAGCCAGCCAGUGACCAGUACACAGUCCCUCUUUCAGGAGCAACAAUCUGCCUACCUGGAGUACACACGCCAGGAGACCAUGGCGUGGCAUCAGAGGCUUUAUGAACACCAAGUGCAGAGGGAUAGCCAGAUGCAGCAGGCUUUUCAGGAUAUGGCGGCCGGCAGGUGUCCUCAGUUCCCUCCAGCACAAUGCCCUCCAGCACAACCAGUGCUGAUGAGCUUUGAGGAGUUUGUGGCACAGAACGUUGGCCCCUUGCCGGUUAGUUCAUCCCCAAUCUAUUCACCCAAAGCAUGUCAUGCCUUUCAACACAGUCAUAUAUCCCGUGCAUAUGUCUUUUCAACAUCCAGGGAAUAG